AUGGAUGAGGAAGAUAACUCUUGGGAAGAAGAGCAAUCCAUGCUUGACGAAGAAAGUAGUUAUGGAGAUGAUCAAUGGUCCAACGAUGGCUCCAACACUGAUUUUGAAGAGGAUCCUUAUGAAGGAGAUCCUGAGCCAGUACCACCAGACCCUUACCACAUUGAUAACCACUCCACUGAUUGUUCUAGAAGAGAAGCUGAAUGGUCCAACGAUGGCUCCAACACUGAUUUUGAAGAGGAUCCUUAUGAAGGAGAUCCUGAGCCAGUACCACCAGACCCUUACCACAUUGAUAACCACUCCACUGAUUGUUCUAGAAGAGAAGCUGUCCUAGAAGAAAGCUAUGGAAGUGGUUCAUGGCAGGAAGAGGCUGGAGUUGAAAACUGCCUAGAAAACAAAGAAGAGUGGGAGCAUGAAUCUGAUGAAGAAACUCAGCUCCAACUGGACGUUAAAGAGGACUCAUGGGAGGCUCAAACCCAUCCUGAUUCUGAUCAAGAAAUAGAAGAGAGUUCUUGGGCUGGAGUACCAUUCUCUGGUCCGGAGGAGAGACAAGCAUUGUCUAUGAAGCCUUACCGAGAUUUUGGGUCAUGGUAUGAGGAAACUGAUUCUCAAAUCAGUGAAGAUGAAGCAAGGCAUCCCAGCCAUGAGGCUGAGAUCCAUGGAUAUGAUCUAGGUGUGCCUGAAAAGGAGGAAUCCAUAAGUGAGGCCGGAAGAAAUGUUAAAGAAUCCCAACUUGCCUUGGCUGAAGAGGAAGAACUUGUAAGUGAAGCCGGAAGAAAUGUUACUGAGCUUGAAGCAUCCUCCAUCAACCUUUCUGGUUAUAACAAAGAAGCUGCUGCUUAUCAACAAUGGGAGGACAACUUGAAAACCUGGUACUACAGUUACCAACUAUCAGAUGAGGAGGCUGAUGACGAAUCUAUUGAUACUUGGGAAGAUUUCAGAUUAUAAAUGAGGAGAUUAGUUGAAAAGGCUGAGAAGGAAACUGCAGCCCAAUACCACCAGCCCCAAAAGAAUGAUACACAUGCAGUCCACACUUCAACUCCACGCUUUAGGACUAGGAGUAAGAAGGCUGAUCACCCCCACAGCCCACAAGAGGUGGAACCGACCAUAGAAAAGCCCACUAUCAAGCAAUCAAAGAGUUCACAGCCGAGUUCACUACAACUUCCAAAAAAGCCAGCAAUCCGUCCAAGGUCAAAAGGAACUUCAGAAAAUACAGAUAGCAAGGCCACAGUAGUCCAUAUCAAAGGAGGUCCACGUCCUGAAGAUGAAGCUAUGCAACAAGGUUUGCAAAAGCCACCAGCAUCAUCAAAUCAAAGUAUAGGGAAAGGAGAUGGGCGACCAAACAAGUCUGAGAGGUUGAAAGAAAGCCAGGGACAGCACCUGACUUGUCCACAAAACGUUGAAGAAGAUGCAAGAAACAAUAAAAGCACACAAGCUACCAAAGAGCAAAUCAUUCUUCAACUAGCUGAAACCAUUUGGGUAAGUCUAAAUUUUACUUGUCCAAAUUAUAAAUUCUCAAACACAGAUAUAAUUCACUUGUUUUCUGCCAAAAUUUUUGAGAAUAUUUCAGGAACAGAGGCCAAGGAUCCCAUAGGCGAUCCACACAAAGAGAUCACACGGUGUCUAGAUGCCUAAGGAAAGCAAGAAGUUACCAUCAACAACUUCUUGAUUCCUGACGCCCCAUCAUAUCAAAAACAACAUCCAGGAGGCCAUAUCAAUAUAGAGGAGUAGUCCGGUCGUUCCUACUCAAAGGAGAGCCACCAGAUUUGCCACCAAAGACCAAAUCGACAAAAUACCAAGGUAAGGCCCUAGAAUCUCAAAAGAGGAUGAAACCUGACUUGCUCUAUCUUGGUGCAGGUUAUCCAGUUUCGAGGUCGAAACCUUUUCAAGAGAGAGGGGAUGAUAUAGGCACAGAAACCACACCUGAACCAGGGGCCAACCGGAUGUACCAUUCAGCCAACCGAAGGACCAAUCAGGAUAUGUGUUCAGUCAAAACGGCGUAUCUCCGUAACCAGGAGGAAUUUUGUAAUGAAACCAAUUUUAAUGCAUUCUACACUCAUCUAGGAGUCAACCCCAACUGGAAUCAUCUCCAAAUCUACUCUUGCCAGGAAUAUACGAAUUUUACAAACCGGCGGUUCUCCAUCUCGUCCAUCUGCGAGCAUCCGAGUUUAGAAGUUUCUUCAAGCCCAACAAAGAAGCGUUCCGACCCAAACCAAAAAAUGGAUUUCAAGAUGGAUCUCUUAUCAAGCCAAAAAGCCCAAGAAUAGGAGAAAAUACCACGGAAAUCUCAAGAUACAAUCAGCAAGCAUAGGAUUAAGAGGAUCUUCAUGAUCCAAGGCUUCCAGAAUACACAUACAACCGUCCAGAAGAGCCUCCCCUCAUCUUUCCCUACACCAGCAAGCAUAGGAUUAAUAGGAUCUUCAUUUACACCAAGUUUCCUUUUUCGGAAUCACUCACAACUUGGAGAAUAAAUCACCAACGGCUAUUUUUCCACGACCAGAGCUUCCUGAAGCUACUUGCAAGGAACCUAGACGUCCCAAGACACCAUUCCUUCUUGCCCAAACUUUCCAGAUUCAAGGAGAUCAUCAAGUUCCCCAUUUUUAGCCAAAAAUCCAUUUAUCCUAUUCCAACGGCUAGUUUUUAUUUCCUUUGAUUUCUUUCUGAUUUUUGCUUUGUAAUCAUUGUCUCCAGAGCCUAUAUAAGCUCUUGGUCGACCCUUGUAAGAAACCACCUUUCAAUCCUUAAGAAAUAAUAUUCAGUUUGUUUAUUUUUAUCAAAGAGAGUCUUUGAAUAGAAAUCCGUUCUUAGGAUACUUGAGUGAUUCUUGUGUUCUAUUGAUUCGUCUAGCAUAGGUUGCUUGUGUGAUUCAAAAGCCAGUGUUAUUCCAGAUUGAGAGAUUCAAUCAAACCCACGGAUUGAGAGAGUCAAACAUCAUCUAUCAAGCAUCAUCGAUCCAUCUUCCAUCAUCAAUCAUCUAUCCAUAAACCAUUCCAUCCCUUUAUCUGUUUAGCUUCUGUUCUUAUUUUAAUUAUUCAUAAACUCAUUGUUUUUCAUUGUUUCCAGGUUAGAUUGGAUUAAAAAGAAUAGCAAGUUGGCCAUCUUCACCGUCUAUCCAUCCGGUCUUCAUCCUUACCGAUAAGAUCGCCCCAUCGCCCAUCCAUCUCAUCGACCCAGCUUUCCAGCCUGCAACAAUAUCCCACGACGAAGGGCAGAGUUCAUGGCGUUUCGCAACGCCAACGUUUCCGCCAUCAGGGGCGACACCACAAAAGAUUCGGUCGUUGAGUGUGAAGAGGAUAAUCCAGCAUCAUCGAUGAUCCAAGCGAGACCAGCACAUUUAGUAACCGGAUUCCAAGCGGCAUCAGUAUACAAGCGUGUGCGAGUUGGGUCUAGGGCGGGAUCCUGGGCGAUACUGGUUGGGGUUGAUCGUGAUUGGUUGGUUUGUUCUUGUGAGAGAACCCAUUCUCUAGCUUCUUUGAUCGCUUUUA